AAGAGAAAAUCCACACUCUCAUGAAUGCAACAGAUUGCUCUGCAUCAUGGCUGCAGCUGGAAGCAGAUUGGCAUCAGAUCCUGCAACCAUGCCAAAAUGCAAAGCAGCGGUUUAGAAAAGCUUCGAGUCUGAAAGCAACACGUUUCACUCUGGGCGUCAACUACAUCAACACCGCCAUCGCUUCUGGCCCAGGAUCUGAAGGAAACAAGCCAUCAGAGCCAUGAAGCCGCAAGCAGACGGGUGACGUUAGAGUCACAUGCAACACAAAGAAUUCAGGCGGGUCUUCAUGUCAAACCCUCAGGAGAUCUACCUCCUGGCUUCUCAACAAGUCCACCAGAUCAUCAAGUUGACUGAAGAAAACAGGAAGACGAGAAGAAACGCAAGAACCUAAAUCCACAGAAAGAGACACCACCAUGCUGCCACAGGUAGACACCUGUGGACAAAAGUAAACCGUCAACCCAUCGUUUUUCAGGAUGGUUCUUCUCCACUGAACAGAACACUGGACCCAGCUUUCCUUGAGGUCAAGUCCUGCUGCUCUUUCUGAGAGGUUUCUGCACCGAGUCUCAUCGGUGUGAGUGUGUUUCCUGCUGAGGGGUAUCUGCCGUGGGGGCAGCUGACAGCCAUCCAAGACGCCGCGAGCCGUACUUCGUGUGAAGAAUGCCCAGUCGCGCUUGGCCAAGCCGGCCGACCCGGGCCCGACGGCGGGCCUGUUCAUGGAACGAUCGCAGAGCCGCAUCAGCCUGUCAGCAUCCUUCGAGGCCCUCGCCAUCUACUUCCCAUGCAUGAACUCCUUUGAUGAGGAUGAUGGGGUAGACACAGAAGGCAGAAAGUUGAAAGGAGCCAUCCAAAGGAGCACAGAGACGGGUUUGGCUGUUGAGAUGCCCAGUCGAACCAUCCGCCAGGCCAGCCAUGAGUCCAUUGAGGACAGCAUGAACAGCUACGGUUCAGAGGGCAAUCUGAACUACAGCGGCAUGUGUCUGGCAUCAGAUGCCCAGUUCAGUGACUUCCUGGACGGGAUGGGACCUGCCCAGUUUGUGGGACGGCAGACGUUGGCAACGACAUCCAUGGGUGACGUCGAGAUUGGCCUGUUGGAAAGGAACGGCGGCCUGGAGGUGGAGGUUGUCCAGGCCAGAGGACUCACCAUAAAACCAGGUUCAAAGGGACCUCCAGCGGCCUAUAUCAAAGUUUACCUCCUGGAGAACGGAGUCUGUGUGGCCAAGAAGAAGACCAAGUCAGUGAGGAAGUCUCUGGAUCCUCUUUACAACCAGGUCCUGGUCUUCUCUGAAAGUCCACAGGGCAAAGUGGUGCAGGUGAUCGUUUGGGGAAACUAUGGACGGAUGGACCGUAAAUGCUUCAUGGGCGUCGCUCGAAUCCUGCUGGAGGAGUUGGACCUCAGCACGAUGGUGAUUGGCUGGUACAAGCUCUUCCCUACCUCCUCCAUGGUGGACCCAACAAUGGCGCCGCUCAUCCGGCACUCAUCUCAGAUGUCUCUGGAGAGCACCAUUGGACCCUGUUGUGAGCGAUCCUAAAACUCUCGGCUGCGAGACUUCUGGAAAAACUAUUUUCAUGCCUCAGUGCUGACAUGUUGUUGUAGACCUGGUAGUCCUGCAUCUUGGAGCAGGUAAGUGUUCUUGAAGAAUACUUCAAAUACAGGUGUGCUCCAUCCACUGAGGUUGACUGGGAAACGGCCGCUCACUGAUUGGCUGUUGUAUCACCCAAAAAGUACGCUGCAGUAUUUUUUAUACCAUUUCCUGAGACUCGUGGGAAACAUUUGGUUUGUUGCUACGCUGACACUUGGUGGACUCACAGGAAAAUCUCUCGUAAGAUCUCUGAUGAGAAAACAAAACAACAACAAAAAAAACAUUCUUAAUGAGACUACUUCAAAGGAGGGCUUGUUUGUUAAACCUGAUCAGACCUGCUGGGACCACAGUCCACAUUUCAGCUUCACAGGCUGUGUUCGAUUCUCAUCGCCACCGCCGCUUGUUGUAUUUUCACGUCCUCACUUCGGGGCAAAACAGCCCAAGUGUUUCCUGUCCAUCCACGAGUCUGUACAGAGAGUGAGGCUGCACUCAGAUUGAAAAACAAACAAUGUGCUUAAUUUGCAAGAACAGGAUGGGGACAAAGGGACAACGGUGCCAAUGAACACAGCAGGGCAUCCCGAUGAUGAUGGAAAGAAGUUUAGUUAUUUUAUUCAAUGAAAAUCUUGGUUUGAAACAAUGUCUUGAGCUGUUUUUGCUUGUUGCAUUGCUCAUUUGGCCAUUUGGUCUCUUUCAUUCUUUUUCUGGUAUCUGAGUAGAGAAGACCUGACAUGAAUGACCAAAACUCCUUAUGGAAAGAUCUAGAUGAGUGGUUCUCUGUAUGACCUCUGGGCCUCAGAGCACAGUUGGUUUUCUGUUCGAACAGCUAGUUACUAGCAGUUAAUUAUGUCUGCCUCCAGCAUAGAUGGUCAAAGUCCUUGUUUCAACAAAAAAUAGCACCCGACAAAUCCUGCAGUGGUUUUUGAAAGCCGAGUCCACACAUAUGCAGGUAUUUUUGAAAAUAAAGUAGAUAUUCAUAUGUAGCGCAGCUAUGUUAGGGAUUAUGUUUGAAAGUUUCUCCACUGGUUUGUAUAAUGAUUUGACGCCAUAGCCCAACAUAUUAAUAGAAUUUUGCAUUAUUAAUACGGCUAUGUAAAGAUAGCCACUGCUGUUUGAAAACAGGGAUUAAAAA